AUGUUCAAGAAAAAGCCUACAAUCAAGAACCUGUCUCCGUUGCGGUCUUCCGACCGGAGAAAGAUUGCCGACCAGAUCAUCAAAGACUACCAAAUCUCCGUUCCCUCCUCCGAAACGAGCUCAGAUGCACCUAGUGCAGGAUCUGCCACAGUUCCAACCCUUUCUUCGAUCCGAAGUGCCUUUCUUCCUGAUAACACUCAGACCGCGCGCUUCACAACAACCGCUGGACCGGAUUUAAGAGAGGUCCAGGGUAUUGUCUACGUGGGUGCCCACGCAGGCGAAGAAGAACGAGUAUUGUGGUUCAAGAUCGAGCAUGGCCCAGGGUACGACAAGCGCCUGUAUCCUACCGUAUACACAUUAUGGAACAACCCGAAUCUGGUUCCUUUGUUAUAUACCCCGGAUAUGGUGAUGCGGAAGCUCCAAGGCGGAGCUGAUCUCAUGACGCCCGGCCUUGCAAACGAGCCUCCAUUCCCGGAGAAGGCCAUCAAAAAUGCUGUUGUCGCGGUUGCAAGCUGUGAUAAACACACCGUCCCAGCAUUUGUGGGGAUUUGUGAGAUUGACGUCUCAGCACUUGGUAAGGUCCAAGGUACAAAGGGCCAUGCUGUUCGAGGCCUUCACUGGGAAGGUGAUGAAUUGUGGGCAUGGAGUUCGUCCUCGCGGCCCGGGCGCCCUGGCCCCGAGUACAUCCAAGGAUGGGAUGAAGAAGAGACCGAUGACGUGGAAGAAGGUGUUGGUGAACUGACGCUUAAUGAGAAGGAAGAUGGGGCUGCCGAGAACACCGAUGAUAUCCCCGGGGAGAUUGCUUCCCCCGGUCCAGAAGAACCCGCGGAGGAAGUCAAGGAGCCUUCAACAAAGGAAAUUGACGAGGCCUUUGUCCAAGCGUUCAUUUACUCCCUCUGGAAGCUCAAGCAAGAUAACCCCUCAGCCCCUACCCAUGGUCUGACGCUACCCGUCUCACCCUCGAUCUUGAUUGCCAACCUCAUCACGCCUUAUCUGCCAAUCUAUUCAGCACAGGAAGUGCAGUUCUACAACAUUAAGAAGACUAGCUGGAAGAACGUCAAGAAAUUCAUCAAGCACCUCGACAAAUUGAAGCUUGUCAAGGCAAAGGAUCGCAGUGGUGGGGAGACGUACGUUUGGGAUGUCGACUUCGACGACCAGCGCAUUGGUAGAUUCGUUCCGUACAAGCUACCAUCAAAGGCGGCCCUCGAGAGCGGUACUAAGCCGGCCUCUGAUGGCAAGAGGCCCGCUGCGACUGAUAGCGGCGAUCCAGCUAUGGGACAAACUCUCAUAGUCCAAACCCUCUACCGAGCAACAGGAAAGCUUUGUCCAGACAUUCUCCCAUCUCUGCCCCCCAGCAACCCCAAGAACUACUACAAGUACUCGGAUAUCUCGAGUCAUCUGGAUAAAUACCUGCAGUCACAAGACCCGCCCAUUGUUUCAAAAGACAACCGACGUAUCAUCACUCUCAACCCCUACCUCGCAAACACCAUCUUCACGUCAGGAUCCUCCGAGGAUCAAGGUACCCUGAAACGGGGCAUGGUGACACGUGAUGGCCUGCUGAAGCGGAUUAUGGAAGACAUUACGCUUUUGCAACCACACUAUGCCAUCUUAAAGCCAGGACAGACUCUCGCAGAUGUCAAGCCCAAGGCAGGCGCCACGCCUAAGGCCCAAAUCACCAUUGAGAAGCGCACCGGCUCGAAGCUUAUCACGAAGGUGACAAACUUGGAGGUAUUUGGCAUCAUUCCCAGUCUUUUGGCAGAGGAGCUGCAGAAGAAAUGUGCUAGUAGCACAAGCGUCACGCAGGCCAAUGGUGCUCCCAAGGGUGUAAUGGAGGUCUUGGUGCAAGGUGACCAACGGAAAGCUAUUGACACGGCUCUUACGCGACGUGGCUUGAAGAGUCAAUGGGUUGAGGUGGUGGACAAGACCAAGAAGAAUAAAUAG